UCUGUUGCGUGAAAAACGUGCACGCGAAUGACCUGUUACUGUUGUUAUUAUUUUAUACGAUUUAUUAUAAUUUAGAGAAGUAUUGUUAUUUAAUACGAAUACGGAAUAUACAGUUUUGUGUUAAGGAUUUUUGUGCUUGUUUUAUCGCUUCAGACUGAUAAAUUUGUAAAAAAUUAUUGAAUUAUCAACAUGGAGAGAGGCAGAAGAGUGCAAUAUUUCGCGGCAUUUGCUUUAUCUCUAGCAACCACUACAAUGGGAGUUAUAUCUGCGUGGCCAACACCUGUUUUACCAAAACUUCACAAUAAUGAAACAAGUUUUAACAUAACGGAUAAUGAAAUAGCGACGAUGCUGGCCAUGUCUUCCCCAGGCUUUGUAUUGGGCAGCUUGGUUACAAGAUUUGUCUCUGAUAUGUUUGGAAGACGAGCAACAGUUCUCACUAGUGCUGCACCGUUUGGUGCCGGAAUGUUAAUCGCGGCUACAGCAUCCCAAGCUUGGCUCCUCUGCGUAAUGAAAUUACUUUGGGGAUUUGGAACGGGAAUGGUUGCUACUGUUAUCUCGAUUUACCUCGCUGAAAUAUCAGAUAAAGACCUGCGUGGUAAACUUUCCGUCGGCACCAGGUUUAUGUUUAACUUCGGAAGUCUUCUAAUGAUAUCCAUAGGGCCGUUCUUAUCGUACGACAUCCUGAAUUAUUCUAUAUCAGUGCUGCCUUUGAUCUUCUUUGUGGCUUGUCUAUGUAUUCCUGAGUCACCAUAUUUCUAUCUGAAGGAGGGCAAAGUUGAACAAGCGAGAAGAGCUUUGUCGCGGUUGAAAGAGAAGGAGAACGUCGACACUGAAUUGGAAAUGAUGAGACAGGAUGUAUCAAAGGAGAUGAAAAACUCGAGUUCAACCGUGGAGCUCUUCACGGGCAAGCAGUACAGACGAUCAAUCAUUAUAGCUGCAGGGUUAAAAAUAACUCAGAUAAUGACCGGAGCUGUAACGAUCCAGCAAUACUUGGGAAGGAUAAUGCAGGAAAUUGACUCUGAUAUGAAACUCUCCACGCUUCUUAUUAUAUUUGGUGCUGUUAAAUUUGUCGUUGGUAUUAUGUCAUCAUGUUUAGCGGACAGAGUCGGGCGGCGACCACUCCUCAUAUAUUCCUUUUUAGGUACAGGGGUUUCCUUAGCGAUAGCCGGCUCAUAUUUUUUCCUACAAGAGGUUGUUCGUAUUGACCAUUCAUCACUUCGUACUUUUGGGUAUAUCCCUUUUGUCGCCAUAAUAUUCUCUAAUGUUAUUUCAACCGUUGGAUUCAAUUCCAUUAUUGGAAUUAUUCCAGCAGAAAUCUUCGCUUUGAAUGUCAAAGCCGUCGCAAUGACGUCACUGAACGUUUUUGGAGGUUUCUUAGGUUUUUCAGUAGCGAAGAGCUAUCAAGCGAUCAAGAAUAUUUGGGGUCUUUGGGGAGUGUUCUUGAUAUUCGCCUUAGUAGCAAUAACAGGUGCUAUUUUUUCAUAUUUAAUUGUACCUGAAACGCGAGGGAAGAGUUUACGUGAGAUACAAGAUAUUUUAAAUACCGGUGUUAAUGAUGUUCCUGAGGGGGAAAGUGGGGUCGAAUGUACUGAGUUGAAGCAACUGCGGGAGGAAAAUGAUAUUAAUCAUAAGUGUUAGUACUAGUAGUUGUUUGUUUUGAAAUAAUUAUUGAAUUUGUAUACGAUAUUUUCAAAUUUAUAAAAAAAUAACAUAAACGCGCGAACCGUCACCCCCAUUUUACCCCUUCGAGCGAUGAAUUAAAUAGACUAUGUCAUUCUCCAGGACUCAAACUAUCUCCAUACCAAAUUGCAUCUAAAUCGGCUCAGCGGUUUAAGUGUGAAAAAGUGCCAUUUAUAAUACUAGUAUAGGUUAUGAAAUAUUUUAGAUUUAAGUGUCAAAGUGACUUCACUGAGCAACCUUGUGAUAUUUUUGUACGUUUUUUGUAGAUUUGAAUACAUACGUAAUAAAAAAGAACUAACUACGUAAAGGUACUGAAUACGAUAAUAUUUACGGCUGUUUUUAUACAAUUUUAAUGAAUAAGUAUAACCUGGAAUAAAACGCUGUUGAUACGAUGGAAUAUUUUAUGUUUAGGUCAAGGACACGAGUCAGUACGAGUUAAGUCUGAUACUGUUACGAUAAGCUACUUGUCG